AUGGAGGAGGAGGAGGGGCGGGCCGGCCUGCGGGAGCUCGCGCGCUUUCCGGACGUGAUGGUGGUGUGCUCUUCUGCCGGAUGGACGGACCAGAAGCACAUGCUCUACCUAGGCUUGCUGCAGGAGUCGUUCGUGAACCGGUUGCACGACGGCGAAAUCAGCUUCAGGGGGCUCUUCGAUCUCUCCCCAGGAGCUUCUGGGCCCAAGCAACCGUCCAAGGUUGACAGAGCAAAGGUUGAGCGGACCAGACCACCUUGCUGCGGGAAUCAGGGAGAUGGAGAGGCGCUUUGUGUGGAAGAAGAAGAAGAUGAUGAUGAUGAUGCGUCGUCCACUGAGACGGUGCGACAGUCCUACUCCCAAGCAAGCGCGACGAGCUCUGGGCGAUCUUCCCCAUGCCAUUCUGGCAAGCGCGGACGCUCCCCUUCUAGCACUGCAGAGUUUGGUGACACGGCAAGAUUCUUACAAGGGAACUGCUUGUGCAUUUCUUCAGAGGGGUCGGAUCAGAACUUCAUCUACGAGGAUACGAUUACGAGAGAAACCGGAGAAUCAAGAGAAGGACGACGGCGCAGCAUCAAGCGACUCAAAGUCUGCUGA